UUGUAAAACAGGUCAAACGUUUUCUGUUGCUCAUCUAACAUAAAUGUAAAAAAAACCUACUGUAUAUCUCGCUCAAGAGAAAGCGCAAAAUAUCAUUAUUUAUCAGUAUGCAUGUGCCACAAAUAUGCAAAUACAUGCAAAUAGUAUCGGGGCCCACAUAAAUAAACAUCGGUUGUUGUAUGAAUUUGAUUUGAAUUUCGGGUGAACUCCAUCUGUGUGUUUGCAUAGGGAAAUCACAGCAAGACUUUCUCUUUGCCCCUGAUCCAUAGUUUUUAACAGACAACAACAGAUGCCAUGCUGCACGUAAAGAGUGACCAGUGAUGCAUGCUGAAGCCAGUCACAGUCAAAGAGCAUGCGGUCUGUCCAAAGAGCAAAUCAGUGCAAUGGACGACACUGAGGUGUCAGAAAAAGGUCAGAUCAUCAUGUUAAAUCCAAUUGGCACACUGUCAACUCAAGAGGUGUGAUCACGUUUGGCCACCAGAUGUCAGCAUAGCAAUGAAAACAUCUUUCUUGGUUCAUCACAAAAAUGAGUACCGGGGGAAACUCCUGAACCAGCGCUGGACGCGUGGAGACAAGAUCAGCCGCUGCCGGCCCUCUCUCAGACUGCAGAGCCGACCAAUCAAAAUGAGUUUGGAUACUGACGACAAGCGCACUCGCACGCGGUCCAAAGCAGGAAAAGUUCCCUCGGAGAUCGCAGGACAGGAUCUGAGUGCUCUAAGCUGCCCGUUGGCCAGAAAAAGGCGGCUACAGGAGGCGGAGUCUGAGCAGCCCGCCUCCAAGAGGAAGUCCCACCCACUGAAGCUGGCGAUGGAUGAAGGCUUUAACGCAGAGAGUGACGGUAGUGGAGACGAGACAGAAGUGAGGGAGGAAGAAGAGGCAGAUACAGAAGGACCACAGCAGAGGAAUGGUGAUGAAGAGUGUGAGGAGGAGGAGCAAAUAAAUAGGAACUCAGAGAGCACCAAUGCAGAGGAAGAGGAGGGUGAUGAAGAGUGUAUCAUCAUUGAAUCAUCCAGCACAGAGAAGCCCAAACCCACAGAUCUCUCCAACUAUCAGCACAUAGUGGCCAACUCAAUGGCACACCUCAACAACCAUAACAACCGCGCCAUGUCCCCCCAGCAACAACAACCCAGCACCUUGGAACCAGAAGAGUGCAUCCCUUUUAAGGUGUCAGAAGAGGAAGAAGAGAAAACAAGAAAUGGCAAACAGGAGACAGAAAACCAACUAGGAGUUCUGGCAUCCGAGAAAAAUGAAAUGAUGGAGAGUACGGAUGAGACUGAAGAUGAAGAGGAGAUGCACAUUGAAGACCAGAGUCAGAAAGAGUCAGACCACCAGUAUUUUAAUGAAGACAUGGACGCACAGAGAGAAGAUGAUGAUGAUGAUGAUGAGGAUGAAGGACUGGGCUCUGAGUUGCACAAAGAAGAGGUACACAAGAGGGAAUAUGUUGAUGUUAAGUCAGAAGAGGGAGGAGAAAGAGACUCCGCCCCCUCGGUUAUCACUGCGCCUCAGGGAUCCCGUUUAAGGGAAGAUGUUUCCCACAAACUUACAAUGCCAGAAAACUACACAGUGUAUGAAGUGCAGUCCGGAGAGUCGGACAGGGAUGCGGAUAUGGAUGGGAACGAUGAAGACGACGACAGCUUGUCUCAGCGUUCAACGGUGGCAGACGAGUCGGAGAUGUUCGAUAUAAUGCGGGGGAAUCUGGGCUUGCUGGAGCAGGCCAUUGCUUUGAAGGCCCAGCAGGUCAAAGCUCACCGCGAGCUCAGUCGCAUUCCCGAACACCAUCGUUUCUUUGCUCUGGAUGACCGGCCCAGCAAACACAUGGAGCAUCUCCGCAAGAACUGCUUUGGAAAAGAGAGUUCUAGAUCAGAGAAGCGCGAGAUCAAAUGCCCAACCCCUGGGUGUGAUGGAACGGGUCACGUGACUGGACUUUAUCCACAUCACCGCAGUCUGUCGGGCUGCCCACACAAAGAUCGGAUCCCACCAGAGAUCUUGGCCAUGCACGAAAAUGUCUUGAAGUGCCCAACGCCAGGCUGCACUGGUCAGGGACAUGUCAACAGCAACCGCAACACACAUCGCAGUUUGUCAGGGUGUCCCAUCGCUGCCGCCGAAAAGCUCUCCAAAGGCCACGACAAGCAGCACCUGCCCCAGCCCAUGGGCGAGCACAUGAAAGGCAGUCCCAACUCUGACCGCGUUCUCAGGCCCAUGUGUUUCGUGAAGCAGUUAGAGAUUCCUCCGCACAGCAGCUACAGGCCCAGCCUCGUCCCCGCCACGCCACGCGCUAAUCUGGCCAAGGAGCUGGAGAAGUACUCCAAGGUGUCCUUUGAUUAUGCAAGCUUCGACGUGCAGGUGUUCGGCAAGCGCAUGCUCGCCCCAAAGAUGCACACCAGCGAAACUUCACCCAAAGCCUUCAAAUCCAAACCUCUGUUCCCCAGAGCAUCCCCUCCAAGUCCCAGCAUCCACGCUGGUUACGGCAAGAGCUCCUCCAGCGGUUACGAUUAUUCCCACGAUGCCGAAGCCGCCCACAUGGCCGCCACUGCCAUUCUCAACCUGUCCACACGCUGCUGGGAGAGACCGGAAAACCUCAGCAUCAAACACCAAGAUAAGAGUAUGGAAAUAGAGGUUGAUGAGAAUGGCACUCUGGACUUGAGCAUGAAGAAGCCUAUUAAGAGAGAAGUGGGCGUGUCUUGCACCAGUCCUGAAAUACGCUCCCCCGAUCUGUCUUCAUCAUCGUCGUCCUCAUCUCUUCACCAUGGCAACAACAGCAUCUCUCCCCACUCCUUACACGCCUACAAACAGGAAGAGUGGGAGGGGCCUCUGGACUACACCAAACCCAAUCGGCAGAGAGAGGAGGAGCUAGAAGAGAUGGACCACAGCGCUCAGUCAUUCGCCUCAUCCGACCCUGAGGACUGCGACAUGAUGCAGGACGUCCUCGAAGACAGAAAGUACCCCGGAGAGGUCACGACCCCCAGCUUCAAGGUCAGGUUCCAGCCCAAGGACUGCAAGAAAGAGCUCCUGCUGUGUCCCACUCCUGGCUGUGACGGCAGUGGACACAUCACAGGAAACUAUGCAUCCCAUCGCAGCCUGUCUGGUUGUCCUCUCGCUGAUAAGAGCCUGCGGUCCCUCAUGGCAGCACACACAGCCGAACUCAAAUGUCCAACCCUAGGAUGUGAUGGUUCAGGACAUAUCACCGGCAACUACGCAUCUCACAGAAGUUUGUCUGGGUGUCCACGGGCCAAAAAAAGUGGAAUGAAAACAACACCCCUCAAGGAUGACAAGGAGGAUUCGGAGCUCUUAAAAUGUCCAGUGCCGGGUUGCGACAGUCUGGGUCACAUCAGCGGGAAGUACGCCACCCACCGCAGCGCAUACGGCUGCCCGCUUGCUGCCAGGCGGCAGAAGGAAGGUUUACUGAACGGCUCUCCGUUCUCCUGGAAGGCAUUUAAGACUGAGGGUCCCACCUGCCCUACUCCUGGAUGCGAUGGUUCGGGUCACGCCAACGGCAGCUUCCUCACACACCGCAGUCUCUCUGGCUGCCCAAGAGCCUCCCUUAAUAAGAAGAAAGCCAAGUUCCCCGGAGAAGAGUAUCUCAGCACUAAGUUUAGAGCCAGCGAUGUGUUAGACAAUGAUGAAGAUAUCAAGCAACUCAAUAAAGAAAUUAAUGAACUUAGUGAAUCGAACAAUGAGAUGGAGGCAGACAUGGUCAACCUUCAAACACAGAUCACAUCCAUGGAGAAGAACCUGAAAAACAUCGAGCAGGAGAAUAAGAUUAUUGAGGAACAGAAUGAGGCUUUGUUCAUGGAGCUGUCUGGCCUCAGUCAAGCUCUCAUACGCAGCCUGGCCAACAUUCGUCUGCCUCACAUGCAGGAGCCGAUCACAGAGCAGAAUUUCGAGAGCUACGUGAGCACCCUGACUGACAUGUACACCAAUAAGGACUGCUACCAGAAUCCAGAGAACAAGGCCCUUCUGGAGACCAUCAACAAGGCGGUGAAAGGCAUCAAGGUGUGACUGGAGAAGAGUCGCGGAGAGAAGAGCAUACAAAUGACACAAAAAGGGCAUUCAGGUUUUUUUGAUCAACAAUCUAAGCCUUCAACCCAGGGAGCAUUCUGUGAUGAGAUAUGAAAGAGGUAUAUAAUAUAUAUAGAUACUAAUAUACGGACCAAAAUCCACAAGAGCUGCUGGAUUGGAAUGGGGGAGAGAAAGAACGGAACCAAAUCCUUCAGUUUAUUUACCAAGACUUAGUUUUUGUUAUUUCCAUGUGGAAAGGUGCGAUUCAAGAUGUUUUUGAAAAAGAAGGAAUGGAAAGAGCUCCACAGCAUCCAUCUUAAGAUGUGAAGCCAAGGGGGAAGUUUGUGAGGACGCUGCUCUUCAAGAAAACAAGUGUGACGUUCCAAAUAAUGUGGGAUCCGAAUGCAUCGAAUGCAUGGAGCCCAGACGGAACACACAUAUGCAGUAUUUCCUCGUCUUUCCUCCUUUUUCCCAAUACAAGGUCAUGGGAAUUUCACUUUUCCGAGUGAAAGUGCGUGUUCAACCAUAUCACAGCACUUCAAAUGCCAUGUGGUUGACUCAUGUGUAAAUUUCACCUGUUAAAUCGUUUUUAUUUAUUACUAUGGUUUGUUCUUUUGUUUUAAAGCUACGUGAACCGGCUUAAUCUCCUUUAUUUAUAGUACUUACACCAUAGGACCCAAUGUAGUCGUGUCUUUACAUAUGAACAAUGAAUUGCACUUCAUUUCAGUCAAUUCACCAUCGGAUAAGAUGAUGGAUUGGUACUGAUACGUAAAUUAUACGCAAUUUGUCCAGACUCUUACUGUAAUUUAUUUAUUUUUUGUUAUAAUUUUAUUUUAAAUUGUAUUAUUUAUUUGAUUUAUUUACGUAUUUAAAUAUUCACAGUGGGAAAAGUUAUCACAUCAAUAUUUGGAAAGAAAAAACACUACUAAUUUUUUUUACUCGUUUUUAUUUGACAAUAGAGAGUUUUUAAACAUUUUUUAAGUGCAAAUAUUUUUAACCUACAAUGUUUUGAUAUUUUUUGUGAACUACUUGCUCUAUCUAUCUAUCUAUCUAUCUAUCUAUCUAUCUAUCUAUCUAUCUAUCUCUUCAUUUUAUUUUAUUUUUCGAAAUAUCCAAACUACAUCUGAGGGAGAAGUAUCAUCUCUAUUUAUUUAUUUAAUAUUUAUGAAAUUAUAAACUGUGAUAUGGUUGUAAUGUAUAUUUAUUUUGUACCGUCUCUUGUGUGUUUGUGAAGUCUUGGUAGUCUUGAAGAACCUUUGGCGAUAUAAAAAUAAAGACAAAAAACAUGUUUGGACAAGAAAAAUGAAAUAUUAUGAUUAUCGAGGGUUUUCCUUAUACCAGCAUUACUUCCUAUAGGAAUGUAAAGAGACGAAAGCAAUUCCAGUACUGUGGAACGUACGGCUUUGACUCCGAAAGCAUCAAACAGGAAGAUGUUCAUAAGAGGAUGUUUUUUUCCCCUCAAGCUCUCCGUAGUGGCCAAAAACUGUCGACCCUUACGAAUCGCAAAUGGAUUAUUUUUGCCGUCUUGCUAAACUUUAAUCUUUAGAGACCUGUUGGACCAUGGGAAGCGGGUUGGCGUCCCAACCAUCUGGAAGGAAACUGUUGAACCACAAUGUCCUUACUCAACUAGUAUCAGACAAGCAUACACCCGUGUAGCCUUAUACUAGAUUUUUAUUUCUUCAAUGCACAAAGUGCCACUGACCAGUGCUUUCGUUAACGACUCCGCCCAUUCAGCGACCUCACUUCCCUCGGGUCAUGUGACCCCCGUGGCGUAAGUGAGGGUUGUGACAGAUGCCUUUAUUCCUUUGCCGCGAUGGCCGUGUCUACACAGUAUAUUCAUUCUGUAUUUAAAAGAUAAAAGAAGACAAAAAACUCUAUAUAGUAUAUAAACAUACAUAUAUUUUUUCAGUGUAGUUGUAACUCUUUUCUCUUAUAAUAGCUACAGAAACGAUAUCUUUCCAAAAGCUGUGAGUGCUACUGUCAAUAGAAAAACUAAAUGACGUAUUUAAAAAAAAGAAAAUCUGAAGCAAAGACCCAGUUUACUGUGGCUGCGAUGUGUUUUAUAAAACGUAAACGUACAUUUCUAAAGCAAAGGAUAUGGGGAUGUUUGUAGAGUUUCCUAUUUUUCAGGCGUUUUCUGGUUUCCGAUUGUAUGUAUGUCAGCCACAUUAAUGGGACAAUGGUUUUAAGGUUAGUCUUAGUGACUGUAACUGUAGUGUGCUGAAAGUUCUCCUGUCUUUAGUAUGGUGUCGUACGGUGUCGUGGUGGGACAAGCCAGACAAGAAAUGUGUCCAGUCGUUACACGAUAACAUCUGUAUGAAUCAUAACAGCCAAUUGUGAAUGAACAUUGUGCCUCUAUUUCGCUAAUAGAGCGUGUGUACCAUUUUGCUAAAACGGUCCCCAUGCAGCAUCCAUGUUUUUCUUUGCUAUUAUAGCAGCAAUAUUGUGAUAGACCGAACAUGUGUGCACUAUUCAAAAUCACAAAACCUUGAAUGCCAGCUAUUGACCUUUAGCCAAAAGGUUUAUCUUUUGUCUCUUUUUAUUUCAUUACUUUGGUUAUUUUUAGAAAAAUUACAAAUGUUCAUUGCACCAAUAGAAUCUAAAUAUGACAAAUGUUUUAACUUGUAUGUUCUUGUUGUUUAAUGUAAACCUGUAUCCUGUGUAAAAAUGCCCUUUGUAUUCACAGCACAGGGGUUACGGCCAUUGCCAUGUUCAGUUUAACGCCACUUUAUUACAUAUUUUGGCUUUGUGAACUUAAUGAAAACCUCCUCAAUUUGCUGUAUUUAAGACACUUGGAUCAAGCAACAGAAAGACGUGCAUUAGGUAUUCGCUCAGAGAUUUGCCCUCACACGAGAGAACGAGCAGAUGCUGGAUGCAUAAAUCUUUGUCUGUUUUCAUAGAAACUGGACUCGUUCUCUGUAACCUUUCCACGGGAAAGACGUGUGAGUUGCAUUUCAAUAUCAGUCCACCGCUUAAAUCUUGAUGGGUUCAAUCUAUAACAGUGGAAUCUCUGAGUGCAACAUUACAGUUCUUCCUUCUAUUAAAUAUUAUAGAGAGAAUCUCAUCGUGUUAUAUUGUCUCACUACUGUUGAGUAUCUGAAGAUGGGGACAUUUAUAUUUGCUUAUUGCUCAUGACAUGAGAUGCAUUAAAGGGAUAGUCACCCAAAAAUGUAAAUGUUGCUAUUGUUUACUCACCCGUAUGUUAUUUAAUACCUGUAUGAAUUUCACACAAAAUAAGAAAUUUUGAUAAAUGAUGGUAACCAUGCAGUUGAAGGUUCCUAUUGACUUCAAUAGUAGGAAAAACAGGUUUAGAACAACAUGAUGGAGAGUAAACGACAAAAUGUUAAUUUAUGGGUGAACUAUCGCUUUAAGCAUGUGUCAAUUCUUUUAACGCUGGAUGUCAGUGAUGAUAAGCAGUUAUGAAUGUUACAGUGAGGUUAUAAAUGUAAAAUCUGCCUAAUAAUGUAGCAAGUUCUCUGGAGCAGUGUAGCAAGUUUAUAGUAUAGUAUAGUAUAGUAUAGUAUAGUUAUGUAUCUAUUCCCCAUCAAGCCAAAUCAAACGCAGCUAAGAUUAAGUAUCAAAUUUAAAACUUGAAUUUAUCUUGAAUUAUUUUGUUUUCAUACCCCAUUGUUGAUUUUUUUUCUUGUUUGAAGCAUAAACAUACACAAAUUUAAUGAUGGAAAAAAUGCUGGGUUAUUUUCAACCCAGCGUUGGAUCAAAAAUGGGACGAACCCAAUCUGUUGGUUGUAAUUUAACCUAUGCUUGCUUGAUUAAACCCAAAAUGCUUUUGUUUUAACCCACACUGUAAAAAAUUAUUUGCUACCUUAACUCUUUCCCCGCCUUUGACGAGUAAUCUCGUUAAUUUAGAGAAAACAUUUGCAUUAAAAAAAUGUGUUUCUGAUAAGGUUUUUUGUUAAUAUGUAAUACUGUGAUUAUCCACUAGAUGGCACUCUUACCCAAUUUAUAAUAAAAAACGAAGUAAAAAUUUUUACUAAUUUUAAACUCUGUGUAUGUUUUGAUAAUCGUUCUAAAUCUGAUCUCUAACAAAAUUCCUUCACAAAAAUGCUAUUAUUUCAGCUUUUUUUAUUAUUAUUUUUAAGAAAAAUACCCAUAUUUAAGAGUUUAUAAGCAGAGAAAAAAAUAGAUAGGCUGAAAGUUUUUUCCUGUUUUAUUUGUUUGUUUGUUUAUUGUUUGUUUGAAAGCAGAGGGUCUGUUCUUUCAUUUGAUAUAUUUGUAUGUUUAUAUAUUUUUAGAAGGUGGCAUUUUGUAAAACUUUUGUGAAAAUCACAAAAAAAUGCUGGCAGGCAACUUUUAAAAAAAUGGCUGGUGGAGAAUAAGUUAUUUUUUGUUGAAUCAACUCAGAUUUACAAGUCAUGUCAACUUACUAUUAUUUAUCUUGAAAAGAGAUGAGUUAUUGUUAUUUUAUACUAUAACUAUAUUUUAUAAGUUAUAACAAUUCAUUAAUACACUGUAAAAAUACUUUGCUGCCUUACAUUUUUUUGUUAAAUGAACUCAGAUUUACAAGUCAUGUCAACAGAGAUGAGAUGUCACAACUUAUAAAAUUAAGUUGACUUUUCUCAACUAUAUUUUAUAAGUUAUAACAACUCACCUGUAGUUAUAACAACUCAUCUCUAGUCAAGAUAAAUAAUAGUAAGUUGAAAUGACUUGUAAAUCCUAGUUGAUUCAACAAAAUUUUUUAAGGCAACAAAGUAUUUUUGACAGUGUAGUAAUAGUAAGUUAAAAUGACUUAAAUUGCAAAUAAAAAUUAAGGCAGCAAAUAUUCAAAAUAAAAAUAUAAAUAAAAAAUGCAGCAUUUAUAUAAAUAUUUUUGUUACUUUAACUUAACAAAUUAAGUUAAACAAUUUCAACAUGUUUUUAUAAGUUAGGACAACUUAUCACCGGUUAAAACUUAAAAUAGUAGGUUGAAUAGACUUGCAAAACCAAUUUGUUUUAAUGCUGCAUUUCUUUUACAGUGAACAUUUUCUGCACAAUAAAAAAAAUGCUGCAGAGCUGUGUGCAAGUUUAAUCAAAUUGGUUAUGCAACUAAACCUACUAUUUUACGUUUUUGCAUUUAGUUGACAUAACAAAUGUUUAUGUCAAAGUAAAACAAAAACUUUUUUACAGUGUGGGUUUAUAACUCAACGGCUGGAUUUGUGGGUUGAAAAUAACUUAUAGCAUUUUUUAGAGUGUAAGCUUACAAGAAUAUGAAAUAAAAUGACAAAAUUACUCAUAAAGACAACAAUUGUUAGUGCAGUUUGUACUUUUAGUUUUAUGGAGCGAUUUAGCACAUUCAAAUGUAAAGUUAAGGCUUUUUCACUGGUAACCUUGAUUUCAAGGGUCAUACAAAAUGAGUUUCUCUGUCAUCUUUUCUUUUAUGAGAGUAAGCAUUGAACUGUUGACAGGUCUGUUUAAAUGACACUGUUUGUCCCAUUAAGCUGAUAUAACCAAAACAGCCCUUAUCCUGUAGGUACUGUAGCUUACAGCUCUGUGGUUUCUCAUGUGUGCCUUUUCUCGCUUCUGUUCACUGCAGGAAAGGUUGUGUUUACAUUUUAAGGACUGGGUUCGAAUCCCACUCAGGAUGGCAAUUUUUUCUUUAUUCUUUAUUUUAGAAAAGCAGUGAACGCCACGAGCAGAUAUUAAAAUUGAACAUAUAAUAAACAAAUCACGAUAUGUAAAACUAUUCUUCCCAAACACUUCAGAAACUGUGAUUCUGAUUCAGGUAUAUGAAGAUGGGUCAUUUCAUCGAGUCUGAAAUAAUCAUUGAGCUUAUACCAGAUAAAGCAUUUAUGCGCAGGGCAUUAUUCUGACAACAAUGGGAUUCUGUACAUUUGUAAUUAAGAUGUGUUGUUGUAUGAAAGAAUAUUUCCAAGUACGUUACAAAAAAAGAUGUAUUUUAACCCACGGCCAGGGCUUGUCCUCUAUAGAGUCCUUUUUACAGAGAUCAACUAUUUUUACUGGUGAUUUUGUAGCCACAAAAUUAUUCUCCUUUAGAAAAUGAUAAAAAAAAGGGUACUUCCAAAAAACAAGCACUUCCACAGUGAUAGACUACAUGUUUUUGUCACUUUUGUAGCAUUGGUAGUUUCCUCGCUAAGGUUUUUCUUUCUUGUAGAGCAGGACAAGCUAUGGCUGUGCGCAACUUUGGAAAUGAAGUCUGGUAGCUGGUUUUGGAUCGUGACUGUGUUUGUGUAUCCUUGUACCUGUGCUCAUUGAUAUCAGUGUUAAAAGAGAACAAUAAUGUCUGUUUCGUGGAAGUAUCGUUCAUUUCAGUGUUAUAUAUGGGAAACUAAAUAAAAAGUAAAUAAUG